UGUACUUUGAACAGGCUUGUGUUUGGUUAAAACUAGCCUUACGCAGGAUGGGUGGGGUAAUGUGAUGUGUAUUUGAACAGACAAGGUGAAGUCUCAGACAAGGAUACGUGCUCAGGCAAAGAGCGGGCUCGAAUGGAAUCUUUUACCUCUAACACUGGAAUCUUUUACCUCUAACACUGGAGAUACGCUUAAGGAUUACCCGCUCUUUGGAAAUAACUGAUUUGAACGGUCAUUCAAAAACCACAAUGGAGGCAACCAGCGAUACCACAAAGAUCCUGGAGAAGGGUCCCGAAUACCUUCGAAAGCAAAUGGAACUGGAGAGCGAGACUAAAGGACACAUGAGUGCCGUGGAGAGGCUUGCUGCAAGCAAGCUGAAAUAUGUCAAAAGCGAACAGGUGGCCAACUCAAUUCAGGAGCCGGUCAUCAGUUUUGGAUCAGCCUCUGUGAGUAGCAAUGGGUCCUCUAACCGGAGCUCGAACCCUGGUGGUGGGAGUAACUCAAGAAAGGCUACAUGUGGUGCACAAACCGCCAGCUCACCAGGGCAGGUACGUCGGUGCAGCUCCAAAAAACGACCAGACUCCCUUCUGAUUUACAGGCAGAAAUGUGAGUUACUGAGAUCAGCGAAUGACCAGAAACAUCACAUAACACGCAGGUUGCUGCUCAGCUCUGUGCAUAAAAGUGCUCCGUUACCUGAGGCAACGGAUAAGGAGUGUGUGACUGUAAAAAUCACCACACCUGAGGGAACAGCAGAGGAAUGCAGCUUACAUGUAGUGACCCCUCAAGCAGCGAGGAGGAGGAGGAGGAAUGUAGUAAAGAAAGAAAACAGUGAUUCUGGGACAAAGGUCACAGCCGGGCACCUAACUGUUCCUGAGUUUGAAAGGAGGAUUGGCAAAGGGGUCAGUCGGUCUCACUCCGACAUCAGCUCCAGGUACUCCAAAAACUUUGCAGACUUUGAUGCUUUUUUCAAGUACUGCGGGCUGGGCGGCGAGGUUAUCGAGUCUAUGGGGAAGGAGAACUUCUCGGCACGCUCAGAUGAGAUUGCGGUAAACCUACGGAGUGUCAGCGUCUCUACAUCAGACGACGGCUUCUCCAAAAACAGUGGUGACAGUGACGGGCUACUAGAGGAUGAGUUGCAUGGAAAGAUACAUCAGGGGACGUCAGUUAUUGAACGCAAUGCAAGGAUUAUCAAAUGGCUGUACAGCUGCAAAAAUGCAAUAGACACUGGAAAAAAGUUAAGAGACCUCAAUUGAGAUAACUCCUUUUUUCUCAGGUCAUGUGCUUACCUAGGACUGCUGUAUAGAUGAUACUAACUCCUGGCUUUUGUUUGUGGAAAACUUUUGGUCUCACUUCUUGUAUGUGCGUUUGUGUGUCUACGUGCCAAUAUCAUUGUUUCCUUUGGUUUCUGUGCAUACUGUCAGUGUGUGCCACAUUCAGCAGACACUUCUGAGUGGAAAGAUUUGGCCUGUUUGCUCCUGUUCAAACUUGCAUGAAGCUAGCUGUUGCAUGACUUGCACAGAAAGCCCCACAUCAUACACAGAACACCCAAUAAUUUUCAUCUUGAAAAUAUAUACUUACUUGCAGUUUAAUUUGAUUAAACUGUGCAUUCUAUACAGAUGUGUGACACAGCUGCAAUUUAGAUUGCAAUCCUGUGUUAAAGGUCAAAACUAUGUGCAUAUGUGCACACUUGAAGACACAAACAAUGACACACAAAUCCAGAAGAGUAUUCAAUUUUAUCAGCAGUGAUAUUCAGCAAAAAUGAGCCACAGGCCAAAAAUAGAUAUCCACUUGAAUUGGAGAACUAAAUACUUUUGCUUAAAUAUUCCAGCACCACCCUUAAUAAAGAGUUCAUAUCAUAUUUUACCAGAUGUUUUAAUGAUUAAUAAAUCCUUUACUCAUGACCUAAAGGUCAGUUAAAAGCUUCUAAUAAAAGCAAAUUUUGGGUUGCCAGGUUGUGAAAAAUCCCUUUGGCUGGUGUUCUUCAU